GCUGCGUGGCUCAGUGUGUUACCAGUAAGGGAUUUGUCUGAGGGAAGUCUCUAGGUUCUCUGCGGUCUUGUCCAUCUACCUGCACAGCAGUUUCAUCCGUGAUAGGACUGCCUAUUCUAGAGAUCUUAAUAGAACAGACGUCCAGGUUUAACAUACGAGUGGAUCUCCAUCAGGCAAGUGUUACCAGAGCACCAUGAGCAGCAACUACACCGUGUCCCUGCACGGCCCCGCCCCGUGGGGCUUCAGGCUGCAGGGGGGGAAGGACUUCAGCAUGCCACUCACCAUCUCCAGGCUCACGGACCAGGGAAAGGCAGCCAAGGCCCACAUUGCUGUGGGAGACACAGUUCUCUCCAUUGAUGGCAUCAGCACUGAUGGAAUGAACCACCUAGAAGCUCAGAACAAGAUCAAGGCCUGCACUGGAAACCUCAACCUCACCCUGCAAAGAGCCUCCGCUGUCCCAAAACCUCCUGUGGCGCCAAAGACCGAGCCGUCAGAGUUCAUUGAGACCGUGCCUGUCAUCAGCCAACGUCCUCGCCCCCUUCCAUGUGAGCCCACUCGCCUCACCUCCAGCGCCCCACACAACAAAACCGCCCAGCCCUUUGGGGGCUGUGGGGGUGAGGACAGGGGCUACCCCACCGCACGCUACCCUCAUUCUGCCUUUGCCCCUGCCAGCCCAGUUAGCCCCCCUUCUCUCCCUCAGCCCCCCUUAUGUCCCUCCUCCUUACCCCCAUCCCUACCUGCUGCACCACAGCCCUCCGUCUAUAAUAUGCCCAUCAACCUCUGCUCCAAUGAGAAUGCCUGCGAGGUGGCCACGGGCCAAAGGCGGGGCCUAAUGGGGAGCCAGGAAGGAGAUGUGCAGGUUAACGGUGGACCACACAGUAUUCUGAAAACAUCAACUCCACCUAAAAGCGUUUCAAGGAAGCCCAUUAUAGACACAGACAUUGAGUUCUAUCACGUCCCUUCUCACGGAGACGCCAGCAAGAAGCGCCUGAUGCAGGACACCGAGGACUGGCACCCCCGUAGUGGAACCACACAGUCCCGCUCCUUCCGAAUCCUGGCGCAGAUCACUGGGACAGAGCACCAGGAGUCCCCAGAGAAAGGAAAGGAGAGAGAUCCCGGAAAGACAAAAGAGGAUGGAGGGGAGUCUGAAGUUAGUUCCAACAUGUUGUCUAUGAUCAAAACCAAGACCAAAGGACCUGCUGGUCCCAACAAAAACACCAACACCGUUUCCACUGCUAAGGGUUCGGGUUUCCCUAAACCAAGCUUUAAGGCAGGUGUCAUGGCCCCAUCGAUCGGGGUGAGGGGCGACAGCUCCACCAGCGCUCCCCCUAAUUUCCCUGUCUCUGAGCGUCCAGCCCCCCCACCCCAUCCCACAGACGAGGCCUCCCUGGUGCAGAUGGCCGAGCACAUCCCAGCAGGGACUCGCACUCCUAUGUGUGGCCACUGCAAUAUGGUGAUCAGGGGCCCGUUCCUGGUGGCGAUGGGCAAGUCCUGGCACCCCGAGGAGUUUAACUGUGCCCACUGCCGGACCUCUUUGGCAGACAUUGGCUUCGUGGAAGAGCAGGGCUCCGUCUUCUGUGAGCACUGCUAUGAGGAGUUUCUCGCUCCCACCUGUAGCCGCUGCCAGCUGAAGAUCCUUGGGGAAGUAAUCAAUGCCCUGAAGCAGACCUGGCAUGUGCACUGCUUCCUGUGUACAACGUGCCAGCGGCCCAUCAGGGACGACACCUUUCACCUGGAGGACGGGGAGCCCUACUGUGAGAGAGACUUUUACGCUCUCUUCGGUACUGGCUGCCACGGUUGCGAGUUCCCAAUAGAGGCGGGGGACAAGUUCCUAGAGGCUCUGGGCUUCACCUGGCACGACACCUGUUUUGUCUGUGCGGUCUGUUGUGCAACUCUGGAGGGUCAAGCCUUCUUCUCCAAAAUGGACAAGCCCUUGUGCAAAAAACAUGCACACACUGUGGUGAAACAUUGAUCAACGACAGGAGCUGACAGCCAGAAAGAUAGAGGAGAGGAGAGAGAGGGAAGAGGGAUGAAGGUGGAGAGAUGGGGGAGGACGGAUUGAGCAGAAGUGAUUGAGGACAGAUGGAGGAGGACAGCUGUAGGAGAGAUGGAGGAGAAGAGCUGGAAGAAAGAAGGAGGAGGGAAAUGGAUGAGGACAGCUGAAGGAGGAGAGAUGUAGGAGGGGAAAUGAAGGAGGGAAGAUGGAAGAGGAAAUAUGGAGGAGGAGAGAAAAAGGAGGAGAGCUGGGCUUGAUAUGUAAUGAAUGUUGAUUUUAUUCAGGGUCAUAUAGGCCUGUUUGUUUGCCCAGGUGCUACCCUACUCCCUGUAUAGCACACUGCUUUAGACCACAUCCCUAUGAGCCCUGAUUAAUAUGUCCAAGUGUUCUACUUAGGGACCAGGGUGCCAUUUGGGACAGUCCACAUCCCCCCGACCUUCUACAUGUUAUCUGACUGAUGUGUCUGGUUCCAGGAAGAAAGUCUUGUUUUACUUUGUGUCUGAGGUGAUAUCUACAUAUGUACAGUAUCUCACAAAAGUGAGUACACCCCUCACAUUUAUGCAAAUAUU